AUUUUCCUACACCUUCUUCUCUGCAUUCAAGUCCCUACUCUCAAAAUUAAAGCCCUAACAUACAUUUCCAAACAUGAAGUCGUCCUAUCUAUUCCUUCUCAUCAUCACCAUACUUGUAGCUUCUGCAGCUACGCUUUCCGCAGGUCAUGAAGAAGAAGAAGAACCUAAGUUUGUAGGUGGGAUUAAAAGUCGCUUCCUGGCCAACACACCCCAUGAUGGGAGCAUAACAACGAGUUGUAAGAUAAAUCCAAAGGUUUGUGUUGUAGAAGGAAGCGCAGGCCCAGAUUGCUGCAACAACAAGUGUGUAAAUCUGGAGAUGGAUGCAUCAAACUGUGGGAGGUGCGGCAAGAAAUGUGGACACCAGAAGAUAUGCUGCCAAGGCAAGUGUGUGAACCCCAUGAGCAACGAGAAGCACUGUGGCAAGUGUGGUAACAAGUGUGAUGAAGCCAGCUCUUGCUUGUAUGGAAUGUGCAGCUAUGCUUGAACGUGACGCGUAUCCAUUCCUAUCAAUUUCAUUUAAUGAUGAUGAUUAAUAAUUUAAUAAAGUGCAGCCAUGUCGACCUGUUAUGGUGCUGCCAAUACAUUAAUUUUUAUUUGUUCUUUUUUUUCAUUUGUUAUACUGAUAUGGCCAUGCAUAUCAGCAUAUGUAUGCAUGAAUAUAUAUAUAUAUAUAUAUGAAUGAAUAAAUAAAUCCAUAUCGUUUGUUUGGUUUUGUACGUA